UCCGUUCCGAGAGGGCGGGCCGGCAUCCCAAACGGAAGGUGGUAGUCGCUGCCGGAGCUUGUUUGAAACUGGUGGUCGGGCCGGGCGGAGUGUGUGUAUCGCAGAGGACCCGCUGGAGGGCUAGGCCGUUCCUGAGCGCCCCGGUCCCGCCUCCUCUCGGACCCGCUGACCCAAGCCGGGCUCCCCGCCCGUCUCGUGCCCCAGCCCGCCGCCUCUCCGGCCGGCUCUGCGGCCCAGCCGCCACCAUGUCCCUGCACGGCAAACGGAAGGAGAUCUACAAAUAUGAAGCGCCCUGGACUGUCUACGCCAUGAACUGGAGCGUGCGGCCCGACAAGCGCUUUCGCCUGGCGCUGGGCAGCUUCGUGGAGGAGUACAACAACAAGGUUCAGCUUGUUGGUUUAGAUGAAGAGAGUUCAGAGUUUAUUUGCCGAAACACCUUUGACCACCCAUACCCCACCACAAAGCUCAUGUGGAUUCCUGACACAAAAGGCGUCUAUCCAGACCUUCUGGCGACGAGUGGUGACUAUCUCCGUGUGUGGCGGGUUGGUGAAACAGAGACCAGGCUGGAAUGUUUGCUCAACAACAACAAGAACUCAGACUUCUGUGCUCCCCUGACCUCCUUUGACUGGAACGAGGUGGACCCUUAUCUUUUAGGUACCUCAAGCAUUGACACAACCUGCACCAUCUGGGGACUAGAGACCGGGCAGGUGCUGGGACGAGUGAAUCUCGUGUCUGGCCACGUGAAGACCCAGCUAAUUGCCCAUGACAAAGAGGUCUAUGAUAUUGCGUUCAGCCGAGCCGGAGGUGGCAGGGACAUGUUCGCCUCUGUGGGUGCAGAUGGCUCUGUGAGGAUGUUUGACCUCCGCCAUCUGGAACACAGCACCAUCAUUUACGAAGACCCCCAGCAUCACCCACUGCUUCGCCUCUGCUGGAACAAGCAGGACCCUAACUACCUUGCCACCAUGGCCAUGGAUGGAAUGGAGGUGGUAAUUCUGGAUGUUCGAGUUCCCUGCACACCUGUCGCCAGGCUAAACAACCACCGAGCAUGCGUGAAUGGCAUUGCUUGGGCCCCACAUUCAUCCUGCCACAUCUGCACUGCAGCGGAUGACCAUCAGGCUCUCAUCUGGGACAUCCAACAGAUGCCCCGGGCCAUCGAGGACCCUAUCCUGGCCUACACAGCUGAAGGAGAGAUCAACAAUGUGCAGUGGGCCUCAACUCAGCCCGACUGGAUUGCCAUCUGCUACAACAACUGCCUGGAGAUACUCCGUGUGUAGUCUUGGUGGCACCUCACCUGCCAGGCCGGGGCUUGUGUUUCCGCCUCUGCCCCCUUCCCUCCCCACGUAAGAAGAACAUGUUUCCAGUGGCCAGUAUGUCUAUUGUUGCUUUGCUCCCACUGUGUCCAGAAGCUGCUGUAGGAGUCCAGGCCAGUUGCCCCUCGCUAUCUGUGCAGGACUGUGCUGUGUGGCGCACCGCAGCCCAGAGCUGGGUUUUGCGAUUUCUCUCCUUUCCUCUUCUUUGCUUCUUCAAUUAAACAUUUCUGUAUA